CACAUGUUCACUGGGUUUGUUGAUGGUGCUCAUUUUGACCAGCAGGUCUGUGUUAGCUACGUUAGGAAAGGAAGGAAGUUUCGCCUUCGCCUCUUACUAUGGAGACCACAUGGUUCUUCAGAGGGGACCCCAGAGGGCCAUCGUUUGGGGGUACUCCCCUAACAUAGGCGAAAAGGUGACAGUUACUUUGGCCGGUCACCCAAUGUCCACUACGGUGAUCGGUGGUAAUGUGGCUAAAGGCGGAGUGUGGUCAGUUAAACUUCCGGCCAUCACUAAUCCGGGACCUUACCUCAUCACGGCCUCAUCCACUUCGGGUGCAAUACAGCUACACGACGUCCUCUUCGGAGACGUUUGGAUUUGUUCGGGACAAAGCAACAUGCAUGUCACAGUGUCCAUGACGUUCAAUGCCUCGCAGGAAAUUGCUGAUGCUGAUCACUAUCCGAAUAUUCGGGUUAUGACUAUCGGCUACCAAGCCUCUCCAAUUCUAGAGACGGAUCUCCUGAGUAUCCCACAGCAGUGGUCAGUAGCCAACAGCGCGUCUAUCGGAGGACCAGACUGGACUCACUUCUCUGCCGUUUGUUGGUUUUACGGAAAGUAUUUGUACCGUCACCGUGGCUACCCAAUAGGAUUGAUAGCGUCGUACUGGGGAGGGUCCGCUAUACAGCCUUGGAUGACACCCGACGGCUUGGCAACGUGCAACGAGAAAGUUCCCAGUCCCAUUGUGAUGGCUAAGCCCCUCCCCGGCAAAUUUUACUUACCUCAGGAGCCAACCGUUAUGUGGAAUUCCAUGAUGGGGCCUUUGGUGAAUAUGACGAUCUACGGGGCGAUCUGGUAUCAGGGUGAGUCAAACGCCUGGAAUCCCCCGCAAUACAAAUGUCUGUUUCCCGCCAUGAUUACCCACUGGAGGAAACAUUUUCAUGACGGUUCUGGUGGAGAAACAGACGCCAUGUUUCCUUUCGGAUUCGUACAGCUUGCCCCCAACGGAAAUAACACUCACAUUGGGGGGUUUCCAGGUCUGCGUUGGUCUCAGACAGCGAACUUUGGCUACACACCUAACUCUUUGAUGAAGAAAGUCUUUAUGGCGGUUGCUAUGGACCUUCCUGAUUUUGAUAGCCCAAAUGGACCAAUUCAUCCACGCGCCAAACGAGAUGUGGGUCUCCGCCUGGGUCUGGCCGCCGAGGCUGUGGCCUACGGGGUUCCCAAUGUACGAUAUCAGGGGCCCUACCCUACCACAGUGUCCGUCAACCCGACCACAGGUAUCGUGACGAUAGAGUUUGACAGUGGAAGGACGCCCAUUGAGGUCAGGAACAAUGAUGGUUACGAGGUUUGCUGUUCUGUGGACACACAUGCAUCAUGUGGGCAAAACGAUGCCCAUUGGAAGGCAGCGCCAAUAGCGGCUCACCGGACGUCUGCCAUAGAUUUGGCGUACGGUCACAACUGCGGCGCCAACGUCCAUAUUCUUGGCGUCAGGUACGCCUGGAGGGAGAGUCCGUGUUCGUUUAAAUCUUGCGCUGUUUACAGUAAAGUUAACGGUCUGCCUGCUCCGCCUUAUAUGUCCCUGGGAACAUACGCUUAAGAUGUGUGAAAUAAA